UAAUACACAAAUAUCUACCUCACUACUCCGUUGUAUGAUACAACAUUUUAUGGAACAAUAAUGAGUGACAUUAAAAACCACGAUGUAUAUAAUGAGCGCUCAGUUGGUCAAAUUAUGCAUUCAAACAUUAACAAAUAAUCAUACAAAGCAUAGUGUGUUUUAUUUCAAAUGACAAAGCCAUUUAGAAUGAUUAAAGUACAGAAUAGAAGACCCAUAAAAAUAGGUCCACCUGCGAUCAUUUGGAUUGUAUUACUCAGUUACAUAGUUCACAUAGAAAGCGCUACAACAAAGAAACUUUUUGGACAUGCUAAACUGGAUGGCAAUUAUCAGAUUAAUGAUCAUAGUGAUCUAGUAUCUGGGUUCCUGUAUUCAAAAGAGCUUGCAGUUAACGACCUAUUAGAUGUAUUGGAUGAUUUAAAAAAUUAUGUAGCACGUUAUGAUCAUCAAAUUGUCUGUGCUGGUAUGGAACCAAAAAGUGAAAUGUGUAAAAUUGUAAUACAUCAAUUGGCAUUAAAAUAUUUUGAAGCUGCAAUAAAUACAUCAUAUACAGGGUAUAAAUCUUAUGUAUGGAGACAAAUUCAUAAUGAUGAACUAUAUGGAGUAAUGCUUAUUUUAGAUCCUAAACAAGGUAAUGAACGAGAUGAAAUGCAUCAGAUUCUUAGAGCAUCAACUUAUCAAAGAGAUAUUUGUGCUAGUCUCUUACUGGAAUCAGGAAAUAAUGAACGUUUACGAUAUAUUCGAUUACAUAAUGGUCCAGAUAAAUCACUUUCUGAAUUGAUUAAAAAUCUAAUGAUGAGACAAUUUUUAGAGGAGAGUACUCAACUUUAUUUAUGUACUGAAUAUAAAGCAGCUGGUGUACACAAUGUUGCGAUCUUUGCUAACCAGCUAUCUGUGAAACAUUUCGUAAAUACAGGAUUUGGGAUGGUUGAAUGUGGUUCAAAGUUGUAUGAAGUAUGUGGGAAUAGUUGGUUCAAGAACCGGUGCCUAAUGGUCAGGACAAUCACGGCUGGGGACUGUCGAUCAACUUGA